AUGAAGGUUGCCUUUGGCUUAAUAUUGUUGCUGGUAAGCUUGAUGGUUGUCGCUGAUGCGCAUGGGAAAGGAAAGAACAAGAACAAGAAACUUGGGGGGUGUGGUGCUGAAUGUCAAACUGAAUGUGGCGCCAUAAUUACUUGCAAGAAACAAUGCAAAGUAACAUGCGCUGGUGCGGCAGCGAAAAGGCCAUGCAUACGCAAUUGCAAGUUGAACACCUGUAUGCAGAACACAGAAUGCGAGACAUGCAAGACGGCCUGUUUUGGUCGCAUGGUUCAAUGCCGUACCGCCAACUGUGCUGAAGAGUGUCCGCUGACCCUUCGAAAACCAAAGAAGAACAAGCGAUGCAAAACUUGUUUAGUUGCCAAUUGUCGCAGCAGCGAAACAGAAUAA